GAUACAUUUACUUUAAUGAUGUUGGGACUAGUAUUCUUCUUUGGUAUUUUAAUUUGCCUAUUCGGCUUUCUAUUGUUUACUGUGUUUAGCGACGACGAGACAAGCAAUAUGUCUCCUUCACGGAUAUGCUUUGUGAUGCUUGGUACCGUCACUAUGUUUGCGCAUUCGUUCCUCUACUGUAGUGCCGGGGAGAUUAUAGCAAAGCGUUGCGAAGCAGUAUAUCGUGCUAUGUGUGAUCUUAAAUGGUAUAAAUUGCAACCGAAAAACUCGAGAGCUGUGAUUUUAAUAAUGUUACGAACCAGCGAACCUUUUCGCAUCACCGCGGGAAACAUAUUUCCACUUACCAUGACCACGUUUUGUAGCCUAUUAAAGACAUCAGCUGGUUAUACAUCGUUUUUAUUGGCAAAACGUUAG